CCAUCGACAUCAUUGACACAACAGAGGCAGCAGCAAUCCACCAUCCAUAACAUACAACACCCAAAUGCCUCAUGCUACCAUGACAGCAACCUCACCGACAUGGCGCCCCAGAUAGAGGAUCGCUACUUGUGGCUUGGUCUAGGCGUCUUCGCCUUCGUAGCCGUAAAAACAAUCGCCUACGGCCUCCACCACAUAGUAACCCUAACCGAAAUCCACAACUCGUCGCCCAAUCCGCGCGAUCCCACCACCACCGCCAUAACCGCCCUCCCAAACCCAAACCCAAGCUCCCCGUCACCCAACCCGCAAACAAAAGAAGACACGAUCAAGACUUCCUCUCUCCUGACUCUGGCAACAUGCGCCAACAUCGAGAUCCGCCGCGCCGCUACCAAAAUCCUCUGCGACCGCUACAUGUCGCACCGGUCCGCCAAGCGGCUGUUAAUCGAGGACCUGCGGAGCAGCGACCCGGAAACCGUGCAUCGCGCGGAGCUAGCGCAGGCCCUGCUGUCAGAGUACAGCGCGACAACGCGGGCGAUGCGGAUCAUGGCCACCCAGGCCGCGGCACGAGCGGCGUACGAAGACGGGCUCGUGGGACGCGGCGCGGAGCUUCGGGGUGCGGUUCCUGGGGUUGAAGAGCGCGAUUUGAGGAGGAGGCGGCGCGAGGCUAUGGUUCUUAACGAGGGGGAUCGGCCGGUUAGUGAGGAGGAUGUUUGGAUGAGGGAUCGGGAUGGCGGUGUGUCUAUGGUUAUGGAGGAGAGGUGGGAGGAUAGGAUGUGAGCUUGUUUCGGUGUUCUUUCCUCCCCCCUCCCUUUUUUUCUUUUCUUGGAACGGAAAAUGGAGGUCAGCGACUUCAGGACAAAUGCAUGGUACGCUU